AAACCAAAGUAGAAGGAAAAAAAAGAGGGUUUAGGGGAGGUUUUAACCUAACUUUUAUAUCUUUCCCCCUUCCUUUCUCUCUCUCUCUCUUCUCCUUCCUCCUACCGCCACCAUUCUUUUACCAUCGCCGCCAUGACUCUGCUCGACCUAAUCAUUGAAGCUUCAACCAACCCACAAACAAACAACGAACCUCUCAACUAUCCAAUUACUCUCAGCUCAAAACCCAUCUUCUCAAAUCUAAAACCCAUCUCUGAAAACCAUUUCUCUGCUCUUCAACCUCUCAAUGGCUUUCAAAUCUCAGAAUCUGAUGCAAAACUCAUUGAUUUCAGCUCCAACUUCUUCACCAAACUUAAGCGUAAGCUCAAAUCUCCUCACUCUUUCUCCUCCUCAUCUUUCAUGGAAAUGCUCAACUCUUUUCUUGAAAAAAUUGGGGAAAUUAAAUUUGGAAGUUUAGACGGUUUGAUAUCUAAAGAUGAAGUUGAUAUUGAAGCUCAUACUUGUAAAUUACUUCAAAAGUUGGGGUCUUUUGUUGGGAAUGAUGUGUUGGGGUUGGUGAUUGAGGGUUGUUUUUUAUUGGGUGAUUGGAAAAUUUUGGAAACCCUAAUUGUUAACAAUCUUGUGAUUGAUCAUAUGCUUCGUUCUGAUUUGUUGUAUAAUUUGGUUUGUAAGGGUAGGCCUGAUUUGUUAUGUUUGUGUAUGAGGCAUUUUACUGAUGUAGAAUCAUCUGAUUUGGGUAGAAUUUUUAAGUGUUUUUUGUCACCUUCAAAAGAUGGUUGUUUGAAUAUGGUUGUUGUUAGGAAUGAGUGGGAGAGUGAAGCAACAGCUGCAAUUGAGAAAUUGAGUGAUAAGAUGUUGAGUGGGAAGAAAUUUGAGUUAGCAAAGGAGGCAGCAUUGUUGCUUAUGAUUGCCUAUGAUGGUUUCUCGUCUGCAGAGUUGUGUUUACACUUUUUGUUGUCGUGUUCGGAUGUUGAUGAAGUAGUGUUUUCGAGUGCAUUGAGUAAGCUCAACGCCGAGGAAAUGUUGGGUUUUAUUAGGUAUUUGAGGAAGUGGUUGAGCAAGUAUGAGAGGUUUCCUCAGGUUGGUCCAUGUCCUAAGGCCGCGACUACAUUGGGAUUGAUCAUGUGUCAAUGGGUGCCAAGGCUGGAAGAUGUUGUGAAGUCUCUUGGUUUUGUUGUGGAUGAGCAUUUUUCUUCAUUGGUUUUGCAUUCGGAGUUUAAUGAGGAGUUCAAAGCGAUUGAAUCGGUAGUGAAUUCUUUGGUUUCUGAAGGCAGAUUGUGUUGCUCCGUGGCAAAUUUGAUUGGGGUUUUGAAACCAGAGGUUAGAGGUGCGUAGCAUGGAUAACUGACUUUCUUGUUCUUCUUUUUUGUAGUUUGUUCUCAAUAGAAUGUCUAUUUUAUGUUAUAAAUCAAUGCAAUGUUAAGAGAAUAGAGAAAAGAUAUUGUUUGAGAAUUUUGUCAGAUGUUGAGUAAGAUUUUCCUAUUACCAUAUGUGAUGACUCCUUGAUAACUUUUGUUAA